AGCAUUCGUCUCUUUUGCUCUCAGAGUCUGUACGGAAACCCUAUUCUCCUUGCUGAAAUUCUCGCCUUUCGCAGAUUCACUCAACGAUGUCUCCUCUGAUUCCGUCCCUUCCAGACGAUGUCACCCUUGACAUCGUAGCACGUGUCCCAAGAAGCCAUUACCCAACACUCUCCCUCGUCUCCAAGAACUUCAGGAAACUCAUUGCCUCUCCUAAGCUUUACAAGAGGCGCUCUCAGCUUGGAAUCACCCAACACCGUGUCUACGCUCUCCUCCGCAACCGUGACACGGGCCACUGCCGUUUCUACGUCCUCCACCGCCGUGGACUCAGUAACCGCUUGGUCAUGGUCUCUUCACUUCCUCCCGUGUCUUACCGUGGAAGCUUUGUCUCCGUGGGUUCCAAGACAUAUGUGUUCAACGAUGCUGAUGCCCUCAGCGUUGACUGUGCCUCCCACACGGUGGAGCCCCUCCCUGACAUGCCUCAGCGCAUGGCGAAGUAUCCUAUGCCUAGUAAAGUGUCUAAUGUCAUCGACGGGAAGGUUUACCUGAUAGGAGAUUCCUUUUGUCAUAUUGAGUAUGAAGAUGGUGGGUCGAUGAAUGGGUGGAGGAAGACAGUGAUGGUGCUUGAUACGGAAAGCCAGAAGUGGGAGGAGCCGGUGAUGAUAAAACAUGACUUGAGGGUUGGUGCCACUUGGUCUGAUUCCGUGGUGAUGGAUGGGAAGGUUUACAUGAAAGGUUACAGCAACCGGAACUCUGUUGUUUAUGAACCAGAGGCGAGGAAGUGGGAAGCGAUGGACGAGGUGCUGAACUCUAAGAACUGGGAGGGUGCGUGUGUGGUUGAUGAUGUCCUUUACUAUCUUGACUGCUCAGAGAAGGCGUUGAGGGCUUAUGAUCCAAAGCAGAGUUCCUGGAGUGUUGUCAAGGGUUUGGAUGAGUUUUUGGCGUCUGAGUGUGCUCAGUCUAAGUGGCCUAAUGCGGUGAAGUGCGGUGCGGAGAAGUUGGCUCUCUUCUUUCCGAAAACACAUGAAGGGAAGGAGGUCAUUUGCUGUGCGGAGAUUGCUCUGGAAAGACGCCAAGGUGGUGGAGAGAUUUGGGGUAAGUUGGAGUGUUGUGAUGUUGUGAUUGAGGAUGGGCUGUUUGACAUGGUGGAAUGUGUGUCUGUCACGGUUUGAUGCAGCUCUGUUUAGAUCCUUUCGUAUUUUAAUUAUCCUAAAUGCCACCACCUCGUGUGGUUGGACGUGUCCUAAAUGCUAUCUCGUGUGUGUAGUCGUUUAAAACUUGUGGUGUGUUUGUUUAUUAGAUCACUUCCUUGAGACUUGAAGUUUGCUAUGUUUUUUAAUCGUUUCCUUUAGACUUAUUUUGAGGUUUGUUUCCUCACUGCCUCAUCUGUUAGUUUAAUGUUUUAG